AUGGCCGGACAUCUCAGGUUCCUGCAGGCCAACGGCAACCACUGCGCCGGGGCUCAGGAUCUUUUCCUGCAGUCCAUGGCGGAGUGGGCCGUAGACGUGGCGGUCAUAGCGGAGCCGUACUGUGUCCCUGCCCAACCUCAUUGGGCGGGAGACGUGGACGGCUUAGUUGCGAUCAUCACGCGGCCGGGAGCCGGGCCCCCCCUCGCCGUCAAAGCGAGGGGCCACGGGUAUGUGGCGGCGGUUCGGGGGGAGAUUGCCAUCGUCGGGGUAUAUUUCUCCCCGAAUCGCGACCUGCCGGCCUUCGAGAGAUUUCUCGACUCUCUCGGGCCGGUGGUAGGGCAGUUAGCGCCUCUUCAGGUGUUUGUGCUGGGGGACCUCAACGCCAAGUCCACGGCGUGGGGAAACCCCCGCACAACACCGAAAGGGAGGGAGCUGGAGGCAUGGGCGCUGACUGCCGGACUGUCCCUUCUCAACUCGGGGACGGUCCAGACGUGCGUGCGACGGUUGGGAGGUUCAGUGGUGGACGUCUCGUUCGCCACUCCGACCAUCGCACGCAGAGUGGAGGGAUGGAGGGUUGAGGCAGGAGUGGAGACGCUUUCGGACCACCGUUACAUACGGUUCGAAGUGUCUCCUACUCCUGCCGGUCGCCGGAGUCCAGUGUCGAAUUCCUCGUCGCCUCGGGAGAGAAGUCGGUUCCCGCGUUGGGCGCUGUCAAAGCUCAACCGGGAACUGGCUAAAGAAGCGGCCGUCGUCGGUCGCUUCUGUCUCCCGGAGGGUGCGGAGUUAGGGGUGGAUGAAGGGGCUAGCCGCUUUGGGGACGUUCUUCAAAACGUCUGCCGAGCGGCGAUGCCCCCCGUAGGACGUCCCCCUCCGCGGGGAGCGGUAUACUGGUGGUCUGAGAAUAUCUCAGACCUCCGGGUCGCCUGCAACGGGGCCAGGAGGGCAUACACCCGGAGUAGGCGACGCCGCCCCCAGGACGAGGAGCGAGAUGGUCGGCUGUACAGGGUCUAUGUGAAGAAGAAGUUGAUCCUGCAGCAGGCCAUCCGCCGGGCCAAGGAGGCAGCCUGGCUGGAGCUGGUGGAGGGUCUCGAUCGAGACCCUUGGGGCCGACCGUACAAGCGGGCGCGGAACAAACUCUGCGCCCAGUCGGCCCCCAUCACGGAGGUGCUCCAGCCGGCUGCUCUGAGGGGGAUCGUCGGGGAACUCUUCCCCGACGCUCCAGCGGGAUUUACUCCCCCCAGAAUGGCCCGGCUGACUCUGGAAGAGGGCGACCGCGUUCCGCCCACCGUCACGGAGUCUGAAAUGGAGGCGAUUCUGGCUCGCCUCCAGAGUAAGAAGAGCGCACCGGGUCCGGAUGGGGUGCACGGGAGAGUUCUCGCUCUCUCCCUGGUGCACCUCGGUGGAGCCCUCAAGGAGCUGUUCGACCUCUGUCUGAGGUCCGGGCAGUUCCCGAGGGCCUGGAAGGAAGGCCGGCUUUGCCUUCUUCCAAAAGGCAACCGGCCUCCGGACUCGGCUUCGGCGUGGCGACCGGUGGUUGUGCUGAACGAGGCGGGGAAGGCCCUGGAGAAAAUAAUGGCCACCCGUCUCGUUCGGCAUCUGGAGGAAGGCUCGGGCCCGGGACUGUCAGAGUUCCAGUUCGGGUUCCGAGCCCAUCGGUCGACCGUCGAUGCUCUCAAACGCCUGAGGGCGGUGACGGAAGAGGCGGAACGCAGAGGAGAGGUAGUGGUUGCGGUGUCGUUGGACAUCGCAAACGCGUUUAACAGCCUCCCACACAGCGCGAUACAGGUGGCACUCGAGUAUUUCGGAGUGCCCCUGUAUCUGAGGAGGCUGAUAAACAGCUACCUCUCCCAGAGGAGGGUGGCAGUCGAGAGCCGGAGGGGGUCCAUAGAGUGGUGGACAGUCGAAAACGGCGUGCCACAGGGGUCGGUCCUGGGACCGGUCCUGUGGAACGUCGGAUACGACUGGGUCCUGCGGAGUCGUCUCCUCCCCGGGAUGGGUGUCAUCUGCUACGCCGAUGACACCCUCGUCUUAUCCCGGGGACGAAACUACAGGGAGGCGGCGCGGCUGGCCGAGGUCGGAACUGACCUCGUGAUCAGCCGCAUAGAGAGGUUGGGGCUUCGGGUGAGAAUAGACAAAACCGAAGCCCUCCUCUUCCGCGGGACUGGGCGGAAAGGACCCCCGCCGGGUGCCACCCUUCUCAUAGGAGGAGGGAGGGUCAGGGUGAGUCCCACCAUGAAAUAUCUGGGGCUCACUCUUGACGGAGGGUGGACCUUCGUGCCUCAUUUCAAGGAACUGGGGCCGAAGGUCGUGAGGACGGCAGGUGCGCUGGGAAAAUUCCUCCCGAACCUCGGAGGACCCAGCGCAGCUUGCAGGCGGCUAUACUCUGGGGUCUGUCGGAGUAUAGCCCUGUACGGUGCUCCCGUUUGGGCUGAUCGCCCAAUGAGCCGCAGGACCAAAGCCCUGCUGCGCUCUGCGCAAAGGGCUCCUGCGGUGAGGGUGAUUAGGGGGUACCGUACGGUCUCCUGGGCCGCAGCGACUGCCCUUGCCGGCGAUCCGCCUUGGGAUCUCGUGGCGUCGGUUCGAGCCGAGUUGUUCUCCUAUGUCUCGGGUAGGAGGGCACUCGGCGAGAACCCUUCGUCGGAGGAGAUCCGAGCGGUUCGUCGGCAGGGGGAGGAGCGCCUUAUGCGGGAGUGGGGGGAGGACCUGGCGGAGCAGCCGUACGGUAGACGUACAACGGCAGCGCUUCGCCCGGUCCUAGAGCGUUGGAUGAGGCGGAAACGCAAACCCCUCACUUUCCGUCUGACGCAGGUCUUAACCGGGCACGGGUGCUUUGGUUACUACCUGUGUCGGACGGCCAGGAGAGAGCCGGGAGAAGGCUGCCAUGAGUGCGGCGCUGCGGUGGACUCGGCCCAGCACACCCUCGAGGUGUGCCCGAGAUGGGCUGCGCAGCGCCAAGACCUUGUGGCGGCUCUCGGCGGAGUGGACCUGUCGCUUUCGAGUGUCGUGGAGAAGAUGCUCGAGAGUGAUGGGUCCUGGUUGGCGGUGUCCUCCUUCUGUGAGACGGUCAUGUCCACGAAGGAGGCAUCUCAGCGGGAAAGGGAGAGGGCGGCUGAUGCUCCCUCCCCCCGCAGGCGACGUACGGGGGUGCGACGGAGGCAAUUCCUACGCCUCCAAUAG